AUGAGGCUGGCCACCACAUUUUCCCUUGGGAGCCAACCCAUCGAUCCCUCAAUCGACCUAGCCCAUCGAUCCCUCAAUCGACUUAGUCCAGCACAAAAACCUAAAGCUACACAUCGAUCCCUCAAUCGACUUAGUCCAGCACAAAAACCUAAAGCUACACAUCGAUCCCUCAAUCGACUUAGUCCAGCACAAAAACCUAAAGCUACACAUCGAUCCCUCAAUCGACCUAGUCCAGCACAAAAACCUAAAGCUACACAUCGAUCCCUCAAUCGACCUAGUCCAGCACAAAAACCUAAAGCUACACAUCGAUCCCUCAAUCGACCUAGUCCAGCACAAAAACCUAAAGCUACACAUCGAUCCCUCAAUCGACCUAGUCCAGCACAAAAACCUAAAGCUACACAUCGAUCCCUCAAUCGACCUAGUCCAGCACAAAAACCUAAAGCUACACAUCGAUCCCUCAAUCGACCUAGUCCAGCACAAAAACCUAAAGCUACACAUCGAUCCCUCAAUCGACCUAGUCCAGCACAAAAACCUAAAGCUACACAUCGAUCCCUCAAUCGACCUAGUCCAGCACAAAAACCUAAAGCUACACAUCGAUCCCUCAAUCGACCUAGUCCAGUACAAAAACCUAAAGCUACACAUCGAUCCUUCAAUCGACCUAGCCCAGCACAAAAACCUAGAGCUACACAGUAA